GUUGAUGAAGCCAUCCUGCCAGGUUUGGACAUCCUCUGCUGGAAAAGUCUGAAUAUAGAUACAUAUUUAGGCUGUGUUGACAAAACAUUGGUCGAUUUGGAGCUGUUGGUGGACAGAGUGAAAGACUUGGUGGAGUUCAGAAUAGAUGCAGUGCUGCAGGAGAUGAGCAACUCCACACUGUGC